UUUUUCUACAGCAAUUGGCUUCUGUAGCCUUUGGCUGAAGGUGAGCGAAGGGACAGAUGACUCCCAGCUCUAGGCGGCAGGUUAUUAAUGUGGCACGAUGUGGGACACCCCGCCACUUGCUGGACACACCCAAUCCGUUAGCGUCCACUAAACUCCUGAUAUCCACUUGAUCUUGAACUUGCUAUUGUUUGUGACUGCGUUCCGUUUGCUCGGGUAUAUUGGCCAUCAUGGCAGAUGCUUCAGCCGAGCCAGCCUCUUUGGUACCACCCAAGGUAGCCAGAACCCCCAAAUGUUCUAGGUGCCGAAAUCACGGCCUAUUGGUACCGGUUCGGGGUCACUCUGGGCGCUGCGCUCGGAAGUUUUGCACUUGCCCAAAAUGCUCAUUGAUCAGUGAAAGGGCCAAGAUCCUGGCAGCUCACAAACAACUGCGCAAAUCGGCUCCGCAGGCAGAAUCAGCCGCCCCAGAGGGAGGUGAAGGGGGCAACAGUAAGGCAGCUACAGGGGCAGGAAGCCAUAAAGAGAUAGGCCAGGCGGUCGUGAAAUAUUCUGAUAUUGGUCCCCCACCACAUCACCUUGAGUGCAUGCCUAACAUGGAGUACUUUGAAAGGGAGACCAGCAGGAUUUAUCCAGCAUAUCCACCAAUGUGUACCUAUCCACCAUUUUCUAUGGGGUUAAAGGUUGCUCCACCUGGGUAUGGGGGAGCCAUUCCACCAAUGGGCAUUCCAUUCCCAGGCAUUCGACAGUGCCACCCAAUUCCAGAUGCAAGAAGAGAUUUCCAACAUGGGUAUUUCCCUUCUGUACCUCAGUUUAUGCCACCUGGCUUCCUUCAUGGAACUCAGUACCAUCCUGUGCCUAUGAGUGCUGUUGGAAUGGCAGAGUUUAGCAGAGAAGUGUCAGGCAUGAGCACUGUUAACAGCCAGAGCUUCAUGAUGAUUCCAGAGAAAAGUCAGGGAGAGAACAAAGAGCCAAGCAUCUAGGAUGUUGUAUGUCUAAGCUGAAACUAAAAGUGCAGGCUUAACCUUUUUAGUGACAGCAAAUAUAAAAUCUAUAUCUAUAUUCCUAUAUAAAAGGGCCAUUGUUCUGGUGCUGUAGCUUUUAAACUUGUUUACUGGCAACAUGCGGCAGCAAAAUCAGAGGACCCUGGCACUUAGAGAGUUGAACCUUGCUUGGGUCUUAGAAUGUCUAUAAAAGUGUAUUUUAACAUAAUAUAAGUGUUUUCAGACUGUGAUAUUGUUGUAUGCAGUGCCAAUUAGUUGAACAGGCAUGAAUUUUAUUCAGAGUUCUAACUUACUAGAUUUCUUUUUAGCUGACCAUACUUUGUGGGGCAUAUUUACCAGAUAAUUCACAAUAAAUUUAACAAGGGAGGGUUUUAAUGUUGUGUAGAAGUUAAUUGAGUUGUUAAGUUUUAUUUUGAGAAAUAUUGCACAGAAUAAUCUCUAAGUAAACGUAUUUUCCUCUUGUGUAUUAACUGUUUACUAUCUAUACCAACAUAUUUUAUUAUUUAAAACUUAGAUGAGCUGUGUGUUUUAUCUAAUACAGAAAUGCAAUAUUUAUUGAAUGUAAAAAGAAACUUAAUGAAUUCCUACUCCCUGUGGUAACUGUAUUACACCAAGAUGAUCUGUAGGGAGCACUAGUGCACAGACAGCAAGUCUUGCAUACAUAAUGGGGAAAAGCAUCAAAAGUUGAAAUAGUACUUUUCAUCUGUUAAAUUAGAAAGUACUGAAAUGUUAAUCAACUUUUAGAUUAAUAUGUUUUAUUUUUAAAUAAGAUUGUGCUGUUUUGAAUGGAUGUGUUCUCACACCAAUUUUAUUUGAUUCCUUCUUCACACAUAUAUCAGAUUCUGGUUCAGAAAGUAAUGUAUUUUGCUGUUCUUUUGGAUAACAUUUCUUUUUAUCUGUUUUGCCAACAAUAAAAGUUGCUAAAAAAAA